UGAAUUGAGACCGUAUUGUGUCGCGACCUCGUCACACACGUCAGCCAAUCCACCAUCACAUGGCAUCCAUCCAUCCAUCUAUCCAUCCAUCCAUCCAUGCAGUCACCUGACUCUCUCCCCGACUCACCUGACAGCCAGACAGAUAGAAACACAUCCACGCUCCGCUCGCUCGCAUACGUACAGAACAUCCAAGCGGUCACUUGGCCAGGAGUGAAUGUAUGCAGUCUGUCUGUCUGUCUGUCUCUGUCUCGUCGUGUGCACUUGAUUAGCUACAGAAAAGAAACUGUCUGUGGAUGGGGUCUGUCUAUGUUCGAUCCAUCGAUGUUGUCUCCUCCUGUCUGUCUGCCUGCAUCCGUCUCGCCGUAUCCCUCUGCAUGUCUUCCUACUGUUCCUCCGCGGGUGGCUUCUUGCCGUCAUUGACCUCGUGGCCAGCACCGCCAUCGCCAUCGCGACUGUCCGAACACCCACACACCCACACACACACACACACACACACAUGACGUACGCUGCUUGCUUGCGUCGUCUUGUGUGUGGUGAUCGUGUCAUUCGUUGUCUUGAAUGACUUACCGAUCCGCCCCGCCAUCCUUGUCCUUGGACGAUGCACCAGCUGAAGCCGAAGCAGCAGCAGCAGCAGCAGCAGGGGCAGCAGCAGCAGGGGCAGGGCCAGCUGAUGAGCGAGGACGCCAGACCCGGGAAGGAAGGGUCGGCGGCCGUCGGUUGCUGUCCCUGCUGUCCCAAUCGUUGUUGCCAGAUGCAGCACCAUUGUUGUUGUUGCUGCUGUUGUUGUUGUUGUUGUCGUCGUCGUGUUGCAGUGGUGUGUGGCUGCUGACUGGGGGCUGCCCAUUGCCGGCUCGGUCGUGACGGUGUCUGUCGGGCCCGGCCAUACUAGACACGGUCUUGUACGUUUCAGCAUAAGUGCGUGAGCUUGGGAUCAUUGGAAUGAGACCGCCAUCUCGUGUGGCCCUGAUUGCACACACACACACACACACACAGACCGACAACCCAUACACACACAUUGAGAUGGUUGUCUGCCUGCCUGCGGCGGUCACUGACCUCUGUGCGCUCAUGGCUGUCAGGUGCUGCACAGUCAGCGGCGCGCUGGACAUCGGCGCCAUCCGCGGGCCGCCCCGGCGCGUCGCAUUGCUGGAGGCAGGGCCAGGAUACUGUCGAAUGAGGCAAACAGAGCGGACACACACACACGCACGCACGUACAAUAAAGGGUUGAGUGGCGUACAGUACCAUUUGCGAAGAUAUAUGGCGGAAUCGCUUUGAGUAUGUCUGCAGCGCCGCUGGGUUGGAUGAGCACUGGCUGAUCCGCUCCAUCACGCGCACCGCAGAGUCGAUGCGCUGGUUCAGCAGAUGGCCACGGCCGGCAUUCUCUAACACACACACACACACACCCCGACACAGACGAGAAUGGCGACGCUGAAUGACGCACAUGGCUUGUGUGGGCUGCCGUGUACCUACCGUCAUGCAACGCGGUGGUGAGGGCCUGCUGAGCUACGCGCUCGGCACGGGCCAUCGACACCUGCAUCAAUCCACACCACAGGCAGGCAACACACUCCGAGACACCACAGAUGCCCCCUUGGCCCUUCUCUCGCCCACCUCCUCAUCAGCCCGUAUCCCCAUGGCCAGCAGACGCUUCGCACCCGCACUCUCACGCUCACCUCCAUCCCCACCACCAGCCGCGGCAGCAGCAGCAGCCGCAGCUGCGGGCACGCCAUUCUCGCCAGUGUCGGCCUCCUCUGGCUCGCCCUCUGGCUGGGGCGCCCACACCCGGCGGAUGGUGAGAGUCUGUGGCGCGAAGUGGAAGAUCUUGCGGGCUGUGACGUCCUUGUAGCGGCCGGAGAGGGUCAGGAUGGCCUCCUCGGUGUCGGUCGAACUGGCGACCUCGGGCACCUCCUGAACACACACACAGAUACAUGUGUGUGGUCUGUGUGGUGCACAUGUUAGUUACCAUUUCGAGCAGGAUUUGUCGCCCCUCGUCAGCGGCGCAGUCUGGGAGGGUCAGAGUGCCUGCCUUGCCGCCAGGAGUGAGGCGGUGCUCGAAGUCGGAGUGGAAGGCCUUGAUCGCCGAAUUGUCCGCCUCAGUGGCCUGCCACGCACGUAGAAUCGACACACACACAUACAUUGGCCGUAUGCUUCUUGCGCGUGUGUUUUGUCCUGUGCUGCCUUACUUUGAAAUCGAGCGUGAUGUCCUGAAAUGCGAUGAACUUUGCGGCCCCGAGGGCAGCGGCAAACGACUCGCCCAUCACGGAAGGAGACUGCAUCCAUAGCAGCGGCCAGCACUUCAUCCAUCCGUGUGUCUCCGCCCCCCGGCUCCCUGCCUCCCCACUCACUUCGAUGUAUGUGAACGGUGUGUGGCAGAGCUCGGCAUACCCGCCCAGCGUCACCGCAUCGUGAUCGGCGCCAAAGCCGAACGGAUAUACACCACCUAUGGAUAGACAACGACAGAGGAACACAGAUAGAUGACACACACGCCGAAUGAAUCACUCCCUCCUUGUGCCCUUGUGCCUGAGUGGUCACAUCCCUCCCUCCCUCCCUCCCUUCCUUCCCACGCUCUCACGCACAUCGAUUGGCUACGAAGCAGGACUGCACCAGCUGGCGAGUGGCUGAAGGGUAUUGGUAUCCUAGGUUUUCCUUCCCAUCCGUCAACAGAAACGCCGCGCAGAUCGGGUUGUGUGUCCGGCGCGCCUGCAGACACUGAAUGGCGCUCUCCACACCAGAGCGGAUGGACGUGCCGCCCUCAGCUCGGAGGCGCAUGACUGCCACAAGCACAGAAAGACAAAGAGAAGAGAGCGUCGGUGUGGACCGGACCACGUGCCGGCCUGUGUUUGUCUCGUGGGAAUGCUGAUACUGCGUGUGGUGGCGAGGCUCUUCUUGGCCUCCGUCAUAAGGGUGAAUGGCAACUCAACCCGUGCAGCACUCGAGAACGAUAUCACACACAGCCUGCACACACAGCACAACACAAGACACAUUGGCCGGCACUCUCACGUCGCCCCCCCCAACCCCAACCCCAUCUCCGCCCAUCUCCACCUACCGGUCUUUGUCUGUCAGCUGCCCGAUGACGAAGCGCAUCGCGUCCUGCACUGAGCCCAGCUUGGCACCUGACAUGGAGCCUGAUACGUCGAGGACCGUGACUAGAUCGAGACCCACGCCGCCACCCUCAGACACCGACACAGCACCACCAGGACGAGGAACGCUAAUGUCAGCUGCCGCCACCGCAGCAGCAGCCGGAGAUGGCUGGAAGGAAUGAGAGAGCAAAGUAUGUGUUAUGUGUGCCUUUGUACGAGAUGUGUGACGUACUUUGUCCCUAGUGUCGUCGCCUGGGUCGUCAUCGGUGGUUGUGUGUGGCUUUUUGGCGACCUUGCACAGCACGAAGACGGCCAUGGACUGGUCCACAGGCAACGCAGAGUACUCCAACUUCAGCGACACACCCAACGGACCUGCCAGGCAGUCAGUCACACCAACGAACGACACAGACAGGCAUCUUCUCGCGUCACCCAACGCAGACCCAACGACACACGUGUACCCACCGGCAUCCGGUGUGUCGUCAUCUUCAAAUUCCUCCUGCGAUUCCGUUAUCUCAUCGGCAGCGUCCACGCCCACAUUCACACCAUGGUCAAGAGGAGCAGCCACAUCCCGCCGACAGGACUGCCCAUGCGACGGCCGGUUGCCGCCCUGUGCUGUGCUGGGAGGCAUGACGGGCCCGGGGGCGUCAGGCCUGUGUGGGAGCGACGAGGCUGUCAGUGGACGGACAGAACAAUGAUACCCACCUUCAUAGACUCAGAAGUUCAAUCCUUAUUCGGCUUACGAGGCGAGUGUUCACUCUCUGGCUCGCUGCGAGGAUUGGAAUGCAUUGCGGGAGGCCGCCCGAAUGGUCUCAUCGCUCGCAAUGCGAUUAGAAAGGCUGCUUCUGCGAGGAAAGGGCAAUGAACCAACGCUGUAGGGCUCUCUCAAGGCAUCUCCCAAACAGAAUGACGAAAAGGGAUCAAUGACCGACCUCCGACGCCCGCGUUGGGCGUGAUGAAAGAGG